AUGUGUAACGAUAUUUUAAAGUGUUUGUUUAUAUUGCUGUUCUGGUUUUCAGAAACUGCAAAUUUGCCUAGCAGAAUAACAGCACUGAGCGGCUCUUGUGUGCAGAUACCUUGUGCAUUUGGAGUGCCAGACAACGAACUGAAGAAAGCAGAAAGUAUAUUUGGCGUCUGGAUUAAGCAUGAACAUGCUUUUCUCAACUCAGGGAGUUUGGUAGUUUAUAAUGGAAGUACAAACAUCAGCACAGGAUUCAGUCGUAUAGAGAUAACUGGAAAUCUUAGUCAGCGUGACUGUACCACAGUUUUCUAUGAUGUGAUGAACAAUCAUUCAGACAAUUACUACUUCAGGGUGGAAAUAAAGCCACAGUACUGGUUAUACACAUACAAUCUGAAUCCCAUCUACAUUUCUGUCUCAGAUUCACCACAACCUCUCAUCUUUACACCCGAUCUGAAAGAAGUAAAGGAGAACACAACAGUCAAUCUGAGCUGCUCCGCUGAAGCCCCCUGCCCAAAACAACCUCCUACAAUAUCCUGGUCUAACACCCCUGAAUCUGCCCACAUUACACCACAGUUACAGGAGAAACCUGAUAAAACCCAGUCAGUGUUUUCACACAUGACCUUCAAAGCUUCAUACAUGGAUCACAAAAAGAACAUCUCCUGCACUGCUACAUAUCCAAGAAAAUCAUCUAAAGACUCAACUGUGGAGACCACCGUGAUGCUACGAGUCCUGUUUCCACCAAAAGAAACUCGCAUCACCAUCGAUCCAUCUGCUUCAGUCUCUGUUGGCACUAAUGUGACUUUGACCUGCAAAAGCAAAGCCAAUCCAUCAGAUAACAUGACCUUCUCCUGGCACAAACGUGGACAGGCGAAUCAGCUGGAUUUAGGAGAACUGACCUUUACUGUAAAUAGGAGCAGGGGAGGCUGGUACUUUUGCAUAGCAAAGAAUGAACAUGGUACUCAGAAUUCAGAAGAGAUUCAGCUGAUUGUGGAAGGCUCAUUCGAUCAGUCUUUGAUCAUUGGCUGUGUAGUAGGAGUUUCAGCAAUUCUGUUGACAUUUCUUCUGAUAACACUUUUCCUAAGAGUGCAAAGAGUAAAGGCAUCAACUAUUAUGGAAACCGACGUCUCAGAUCAGGGUCUGGAAAAACAAGUGCAGACCAUUUAUGCUAAUGGUGGUUUUGUGUCGGGUGAAGAGCUAGAGAUGCCAAAGGAUGAGAAUGACAUAGUCCACUAUGGAGAGAUUGACUUCUCCACUUCCCAAACUAAAAUCACCUCAGUACAGGGCUCAGGACAAGAGACGGUAUAUGCCGAGGUCAGAGGUCCAGGAAUGGAGAUGAACCAGGAUUAGUUUACAUUAGAAUAAAUGGCUUGAGUGAACGGUGUUAUGUAGUAUGCUUUAUUGGCUUGGCUUAUGGAAAUAAAACAUUUAACAACUUUAUUUCUUAAUUUAUAUAUAUUACUGUACAUCACAUUCAUUGUUUUUUCUCAUAGUGAUUCCAAUGUCUUCCAGUCAGGUGUUUAAAUGCCACAUCAUACGUAUUCUGUAAUCAUAAACUUGAUUUGUUUGUUUUUUUCUUGUUACUUCUCAGUUCCAGUUUUUCUUCAUUCAUUCCUCCCUAAAUGCUAGUUCACUAUAUCUAAUUAUAAUU